AUGUCCACAAUCAACAGACUACCUCCCAUUGGAGACGUACCAUCGCUCCCAACCUCAGACCGCGCAGCCAUCCUAGACCAGCUCUUCGAACCAAGCACCCAACUACACACCCUCUCGGUCCCACUCCUGCACGAGGAGACAUUCCAAUCUUAUAACGACCUCAUCUCCGCCGUCGGUGCUCAGCUUACCGACCUCUCGGAGUCUGCUUCAACAUCAGACACAGACUGGCUUCGAAGCAUUCUCGGAUCGCACCCACGACUAGGAGCGAAGAAAGUCGAAAGUGAGCAAAGCCAGGCUGAGCAGGCGCAGUUGCAGGGUGGCGGGGAGGAGGCCGAGCAGUUGCGGAAGCUGAAUGAGGAGUAUGAGAAGGCGUUUCCUGGGUUGCGAUAUGUGGUUUUCGUGCAGGGGAGAGGGAGGGAUGUGAUUAUGGCGGAUAUGGCGAGGAGGAUCGAAGGGAGUGAUAUUAAGACUGAGCAGAGCGCCGCUAUUAGGGCGAUGUGCGAGAUCGCCGCUGAUCGGGCGGCGAAGCUCGUUUGA